AUGAAGCUUCAAGACGACAACGUAACGCUUCUCGAUGUGCGCGAUAUCUUUGAUGCGCUCAUCGAGAAGCAUUCCGUUGUGAAAAAGUAUCUUGCUGCCGACGCAAAUACGUGGACUUCGAGCGAGCGUGCGCACGGACGCCCACAGGGCUUUGCCGAGAGAGUCUUGGCGACUAGAAAAAAGCGGCGCGGUGCAAAGAAGAUAUUUGAUGGUGUGCUUUUCAUCCCGCCGACGUCAAACACCGUGGAGCGUCUUUUUAGUGUGGCGAAACAUACUCUUUCCCACCAUCGCCAGCGUAUGCUGCCUAUUCACCUUGAAACCGUGUUGUUCCUGAAGAUGAAUCGGCGUUCCUGGGACGCAAACACUGUAGCAGCUAUCGUGAACGCAAAGUAA